AUGGAGAGACAAACGCGCGCUGAUACUUUCCGGCUAAAGUUCAAAAUCGAUAUUCCCGAAACGUCGCAGAAACAGUCUGAACCCUUUAGGGUCACUACGUUCAAGGCACCAGAUCGAGCUCUGCAUGAGAUUCUCCCCAACUACGUUCCUCCUGGAUCGGCGUCUCCUUCUGUUAAACGGUUUGAUCCUCGCAAAGUCUCCUGCUUGCAGCCGCUAGCAGCCUUCACGAAAACAGCGCACCAGUGUGUAGCCCAGAAUGAGCGGUUGAUGCAUCUUCAUUUUGUGAUUGCCAAAGACCUAACUUUGAUGUGCGUCGCAUGGCAACAUGUCGUACUCGAUGCACCCGCCCUGAAACUGAUAGUUGCUGAGUGGGAAGGCCUUCUUCUCACGAGGGAUGCUCACCUGCGCACGCACGACACGAAUGACCAUAGUCCGGAAGUCGAGGGACUAAAGGACAGGCCGAACUUGGAUGAAUUGAUCAGUACCCUUAAGAUAAAUUCUCCCUCAUCCUUUCCGGGGUGGGCCGCCGUCACCCUUUGGGGUGGAUUGAAGUUGAAGCUGGUCUCUAAAAUCUACAGUCUACUUUAUCCGCGCACAUUUGGAACGGCCUACUUGCCCCCAAAGCUUGUUGCGGGACUGGUUGCGCGGGUAAGGUCAAACGCUGGGCCAGGAGUAGUACUCUCGAGAAACGACAUUAUCGCUAGCUGGUUUUACAAGGCAACGUGCGAAAUUUAUCAGCCAGGAACAUCUACGACCUUAUCUCGAGCUGUGAAUCUGCGUGGAAAGCAUCAUCUCAUCUCGCCCCGUGUAUCGGGCAACGUUCUAGGUCUGGCCGUCAUGCCGAGUGUUCAAUCUGGUGCACUUCAGAAAGCGCGACUUGAAGAUCUAGCGUUGACAACUCGCUCUUCUGUAGAGAAGUUCAAAGAUCCAGACUACGUCUCUACAUUCAUGGGUUUCAGGAUGAAUUGCGGUAACGCAGGCCGCAUUGCCAUCCCGAAAGUGAAGCUCGGCAAUCAGCGAUGCCUCAUCACAUCUUUCGUGAAUCUCGGACUCUCGAAUCCAAAUUUCGGAGAGGGAGUGUUAGUUGAGAGACCAGUGCAGUUGACCAUGGAGCCGAUUGUGAUAAGAGUCAUUGAUGAUGCUAGAGGUGGCUGGAGUAUCCAUGGAAACUUACCGCAUGCAGCUUGGGAUGCUUUGGAGAGAAACAUGGAACGAGAAAUGGAAGGCAUGGAUACAAAGUCUUAG